AUGGCUCAGGCCUACCAAGCUUUGAUCAAACGAAUAGCCUUGGAGGUUGCAGGUGGGAUGUUUCCCGUCUUCGACAUUCCCCUCCCAUCGCCCUCACUGAAGAGGACCCAACGGGAGGCGAACUUCCUAUCGGGGAAGAUUACUCUCCAGAGCCGAUCGGUCCCGGAGGACCGAAGGCAACACAUCGUCGUGGAGGUUGUCGGGAAGACAGGACGAUGGUCGUGGCAGGCUCUGUUACUUUUUGAUGAAGAAAGAAAACCUUUGCCUGAGAAAAAUUUCCGUCUUUUUGUAGGUGCGGUGGAUCACGUGGACGGGCCGUCAUCUCUCCGGAGUGGAGUAUAUCGGCUCCGCUAG